UCGUGUCGCUGGCGACAGUCGCAGUUCUGAGAACGGGGCUUUAUUCAAAGGGUCCCACCAAGGUCCCACCCUUUGGGUCCCACUCUUUCCCGCCUAGUCCCACCCAUGUGUUGUUGACUGUUGAUAUCAGCUGAUUAGAAUGCAGAACCACACCAACCACACUACGUACUAGAAUAUAAAUUAAUUCUUUGCUACAACUGGCUACAUUUCAUUCCUGUAUUCCUCCCACAUCUUUUCCCGAGUAUUAAAUGAAAUAAUGUGGUUUGAGUGCGUAUUUAAUUAAUUAGCCCUGUGGAUGAUAAUUUACAGUACUCCAAUGUGAGCCACAAUGCAAUUUUUUAUUGUCACAGCAAGAAGUCUGAUAUGGAUGCUUUUGGGUCUACUUUGCACAAUGAUGAUGCUCAGCGCCUUAUUCAAUCCAAGUUGGAUUACUGGCGCACCUCAAAGUGCAUAUUUAGAUAAUCAAACAAUACCAUACACUCCCAGCCUAGGUGUUUAUGCUAAAUGUGGAAAACCAGUAGGAAAACAUCAUGCUAUUUGUACACUCAUGUCGGCGAAAGGUUUAUCUGCUGAUAGUACAGUGUAUCCAGGUGUUUGGAAGGCUGCCACAGUGUUUCUAGCAAUGGGUAUAGUAGUGAUGUCCCUCACAGUAUGUACUAGUUUGCUAAGUUGCUGUUUUCAAAGCCUGUUCAAGAAAAGCAUUUUUACACUGUCAGGAGCUGCCCAAUGCAUUGCAGGAAUUUGUUUUAUAUUGGGUGUGAUGCUUCAGCCCAUGGCUUGGGGUACUGAAAGAGCUCAUAGAUUAUGUGGUAGGGAGUCUUCUGCUUUUUAUCUAGGAGAUUGUUCGAUAGGCUUAGGACUGUACUUAGCUAUAGGUGGGACGAUUUUGACUUUUCUCUGUGCCUGUCUAUCCAUUCCAGCGGAAAAAUCGACCAGCAGUGAUAAAGUUCAAGAUAAAAUUUACGAAGGGCAAACACUAAUUUGUUUAACUUAAUUUAUUUAUGCGCACCUCAACUGCAUAAGCCUUGAUACUGUCGAACAUUUGAUCUUCAAUUUCGCUUGGUUGAAAAAGGAUUUUGGGAAAUUUUGAAGCAAAAUACACACAUUGCUGACCAGUACCAGAAGCUAUUUCCAGAAGUUUUCCUGGUAUUUUGGGAUCAAUGUGUUUCUGUAACACUUCUAGUAUAUAAAACUUAUUUCUUUCAGCUGAAGGGUAAUUUAUCUUUUUACUGAAAAUAAUAAUUACUGAAG